AUGCAAACCAACAAACACUACACCGUGGAAAAGUUCAAGGAGAUACUCGUCCAACUGACCCAUGAAAAACUUCUCCAAGUAAGUUUUCGCUCGGAAUGCCCCAAAGAGUUGAUGACUUUAAGAGAAGAAUGGGUAUUCAACGUCUGUCUAACAUUCAACUCAAAGUUAGAGACUUGAAGUGUCCGUAUUUCCAAGAAAAUAUUCCAAAAAUUCUGGAACUUGUGGGAUGGCAGCAGCUUGAUCCAGUGGUCGGAAUAAAAAGCAGGGAUCUCAUCGGAAAGUACCAGAAGUGGCUGAAACCAAACGGAAAGCACUCUGUGAGAAUGUCUUGUUAGUGUCACUUGUGUUUGUUGACCGGCCUGAACGUUUUCAGACAACCAGAACGGUGUGCGGAGGGCGCGAGAAGAGGAGGAAGCAAGACGGAAGGCUGAAGUACAAUCGAAUCCACCGGAAGUGCGCAUCAAAGCCGAAGCAUCAUCAAAGAGAACCCGACUUGACGAUGAAAAUGACUCAUCUGAACGAGUUGGACUGCUGCAAAAGCUCGACGGUCAACUUCAAAAAGUUCAUACGACCGCUGUGAAAACUUCUUCAAGGGGCCAGGGAAUUGAAGCACAAUCCGUGAAACCAUGCAUGCAACUCGGUAAAGACGGAAUGAACGACCAACAGACUUUCCAAUAUUUUUUUUUCUCUAAGACAGAACAGGUUAUUGAAAUCACAAUAAACUUUAACGUAGUUUUGUUUUUCAGACAGCAUUUCGGCUUCGAAGCCCAGAAGAGGAAAAGUUCAGUUGGAGUACGCAGGCUGA